AUGCGUCAUACUAAUGUCGAUUCCAAUUCUCAGCUGCGUUCGGGUAAAAAACUUACCUGGGAAGAAUUAGCUCAACAUAAUAAAGCUGAUGACGCCUAUGUCGCUAUUCGUGGCAAUGUCUAUGAUAUCACCAAUUUCAUAAAGAGACAUCCCGGUGGUGAAGAUAUUUUGCUAUUUGCUUCUGGAAGAGAUGCAACUCAGGCAUUCGAGACAUAUCAUGAACUUGGAAAACCUGAUCUAGUCCUUAAAAAAUAUUUCAUCGGAACUUUAAUAAGUAAUGAAUUACCCGUUUUCUUGGAACCGAGCGAGUUUCAUCGAACGGUUAAAAAGAGAGUCGAAGAGUAUUUUCGAGUAAAUCAAAUCGAUCCAAAGAAUCGAAUUACCAUUUGGAUCCGUUAUGCUAUUAUUUUCGGCGCUUUUAUUGGGUCAUAUAAUGCUCAGUUUUUUGUUCCAUACAUUGUGGAGAGAACAUGGUUGCAAAUAAUAUUUGCAAUUGUUUUGGGAUUUGCGUCUGCUCAAAUCGGAUUAAAUCCCCUUCAUGAUGCGUCCCAUUUUUCAGUUACAAAUGAUCCAUUUGUUUGGAAGAUACUCAGUGCUACACAUGAUUUCUUUAAUGGAGCGUCAAAUCUUGUAUGGAUGUAUCAACAUAGUCUUGGUCAUCACAUUUACACAAACAUCGAAGGUGCUGAUCCGGAUAUAGUGACUAGCGACCCGGAUAUUCGAAGAAUUAAAUUAGGACAACGCUGGUAUUCUCGUUAUAUAAACCAACAUAUAUUCGUACCAUUCCUUUAUGGUUUAUUAGCCUUUAAAGUUCGUAUUCAAGAUAUUAUUAUAGUAUAUAUAGUAGGAUCUAAUGAUAAAAUAAGGAUAAACCCCCUGAAUACUUGGCAUACAAGUGUAUUUUGGGGUGGAAAAGCAUUUUUCAUUUUAUUUCGAAUUAUAAUUCCUCUAACCAUUAUAUCCGCGUGGAAGGUUGCUACACUUUUCGUGAUCACCGAUUUGAUCACAUCUUACUGGUUAGCAUUAACAUUUCAAGCCAACCAUGUUGUGAACGAAGUAGAAUGGCCACUUCCUGAUGAAAAAGGAUUAAUUCAAAAAGACUGGGCAGAAAUGCAAGUCGUCACCACACAAGAUUAUGCUCAUGAUUCAUAUUUUUGGACAUCAAUUGUUGGAUCAUUAAAUUAUCAAACUGUUCAUCAUAUAUUUCCUCAAAUUUCUCAACAUCGUUAUGGCGAAAUUACACCUAUAGUUAAAGAAACAUGUAAAGAAUUUGGAAUUCCAUUUUAUUACAAGGAAACUUUUUGGGAAGCGUUUGGAUCUCAUAUUGAACAUCUUCGUUUAAUGGGGUUACCACCACAGUCAAAAGACGACAUUAAAUUAGAUUAA